GCCCCUGCACCUCUGCGCUCUUCCUCCACAUCCCGCCACCCGCCGCGCCCCGCGCUCCCGCGCUCCCGCGCGCCCGGGCCAUGGGGGCAGCGCGCGGGGCGUCCCUGCUCGGCGGCCUCCUGGCGCUGCUGGCGCUGUGCCCCGGGGGGCGCCCGCAGAGCGUGCUGACCGACGACGAGAUCGAGGAGUUCCUCGAGGGCUUCCUGUCCGAGCGGGGACCCGAGCGGCCGGAGGAGGACGGCGACGUGGAGGCCCCGCCGCUCCCCGAACCCGCGCAGCCAAGCCUCAGAGCGCCCGCGGCCGGCAAGCCACGUGCCGGGGAGGGGCUUCCGGAGAAGUCCAAAGACAAAGGAAAGCAGGGGAAGAAGGAUAAAGGUGCCAAGACCACCAAGCAGACUCCCGAGGACAUCCCCAGUCUGCCUAAGACCAAGGAGAAGCCGCCAAAGACUGCCAAGAAGCCGAAAGAGAAGCCGCCAAAGGCCACCAAGAAGCCGAAAGAGAAGCCGCCGAAGGCCACCAAGAAGCCGAAAGAGAAGCCGCCGAAGGCCACCAAGAAGCCGAAAGAGAAGCCACCAAGGGCCACCAAGAAGCCCGGGCCCGGGAGGAGACCCCCUGCCCUGAGCCCCUCAGAAGCCCCCCUCUGGCCUCUGCCCCCACCCUCUACUGCUGGUCCAGAGGAGACUGCACAGGCGGGAGGUGGGGCCCACCCGAGCCCCCCGCGUGGUCCAGGGAGAGAGGCCAGCAUGGAUGGCCAGCCUGAGCCAGACGAGGAGACGGAGCUGCCCACAAUGGACUACAAUGACCAGAUAGAGAGGGAGGAUUACGAGGACUUUGAGUACAUCCGGCGCCAGAAGCAGCCCCGACCACCCCCCAGCAGGAGGCGGCCCCGGCCUGAGCAUGCGGAGGACAGAGCCAAGCAGCCUGGGCUGGGGAUUGAGGCCCCUGAGGAGAGCACUGAGCCGCCUCCGAGGCCAGCACUGCCCUCACAGCUCCCUGACUAUGGUGACGGCUACGUGAUCCCUGACUAUGACCACAUGGACUAUUACUUCAGGCUGCCCCGGCCCCAGGAGCCCGGGCCUGCUGUGGAGACGGAUGAGGAGAAGGAGGAGCUGAAGAAACCCAAAAAGGAGGGCAGCAAGGAGGAGAAGGAUGGCAGGUGGACAGGGGGCAAGGGCAAGGAUCAUAAAGGGCCACGCAAAGGGGAGGAGUUGGAGGAGGAGUGGGCCCCCAGGAAGAAAGUCAAGUGUCCCCCUAUCGGGAUGGAGUCACACCGCAUUGAGGACAACCAGAUCCGGGCCUCGUCCAUGCUACGCCAUGGCCUGGGUGCCCAGCGCGGCCGGCUCAACAUGCAGGCGGGCGCCAACGAGGAUGAUUACUAUGACGGGGCGUGGUGCGCCGAGGACGACGCGCGGACCCAGUGGAUAGAGGUGGACACCAGGAGGACCACCCUCUUCACAGGGGUCAUCACGCAGGGCCGCGACUCCCGAGUGCAUGACGACUUCGUGACCUCCUUCUUCGUGGGCUUCAGCAACGACAGCCAGACGUGGGUGAUGUACACGAACGGCUAUGAGGAAAUGACCUUCCACGGGAACGUGGACAAGGACACGCCGGUGCUGAGUGAGCUUCCCGAGCCCGUGGUGGCUCGCUUCAUCCGCGUCUACCCACUCACGUGGAACGGCAGCCUCUGCCUGCGGCUGGAGGUGCUGGGGUGUCCAUUGACUCCCGUUCACAGCUACUACGCCCAGAACGAGGCCGUGAGCACAGACGACCUGGACUUCCGCCACCACAGCUACAAGGACAUGCGACAGCUGAUGAAGGCCGUGAACGAGGACUGCCCCACCAUCACCCGCACCUACAGCCUGGGCAAGAGCUCGCGGGGGCUCAAGAUCUACGCCAUGGAGAUCUCCGACCACCCCGGGGAACACGAGCUGGGCGAGCCCGAGUUCCGCUACACGGCGGGGAUCCACGGCAACGAGGUGCUGGGCCGCGAGCUGCUGCUGCUGCUGAUGCAGUACUUGUGCCGCGAGUACCGCGCCGACAACCCCCGUGUGCGCAGCCUGGUGCACGACACGCGCAUCCACCUGGUGCCCUCGCUCAACCCCGACGGCUACGAGGUGGCUGCGCAGACGGGCUCGGAGUUCGGGAACUGGGCGCUGGGGCUAUGGACCGAGGAAGGCUUCGACAUCUACGAGGACUUUCCGGAUCUCAACUCGGUGCUCUGGGGAGCCGAGGAGAGGAAGUGGGUCCCCUACCGGGUCCCCAACAAUAACCUGCCCAUCCCUGAACGCUACCUUGCCCCCGAUGCCACGGUGUCCACGGAGGUCCGGGCCAUCAUCUCCUGGAUGGAGAAGAUCCCCUUUGUGCUGGGGGCGAACCUGAACGGAGGUGAGCGGCUGGUGUCCUACCCCUACGACAUGGCCCGCACGCCCAGCCAGGAGCAGCUGCUGGCGGCUGCCAUGGCUGCUGCCCGGGGCGAGGAGGAGGAGGUGUCCGAGGCUCAGGAGACCCCGGACCAUGCCAUCUUCCGCUGGCUGGCCAUCGCCUUCGCGUCGGCCCACCUCACCAUGACAGAGCCCUACCGCGGGGGGUGCCAGGCCCAGGACUACACCAGCAGCCUGGGCAUCGUCAACGGGGCCAAGUGGAACCCGCGGUCUGGCACGAUCAACGACUUCAGCUACCUGCACACCAACUGCCUGGAGCUGUCCAUCUUCCUGGGCUGUGACAAGUUCCCGCACGAGUCCGAGCUGCCCCGGGAGUGGGAGAACAACAAGGAGGCGCUGCUCACCUUCAUGGAGCAGGUUCAUCGUGGCAUCAAGGGGGUGGUGACGGACGAGCAGGGUGUCCCCAUCGCCAAUGCCACCAUCUCUGUGAGUGGCAUCAACCACGGCGUGAAGACAGCGGGCGGCGGCGACUACUGGCGGCUCCUGAACCCCGGCGAGUACCGCGUGACGGCGCAGGCCGAGGGCUACACCCCCAGCGCCAAGACCUGCAACGUGGACUACGACAUCGGCGCCACCCAGUGCAACUUCGUCCUGGCCCGCUCCAACUGGAAGCGCAUCCGGGAGAUCCUGGCCAUGAACGGGAACCGGCCCAUCCUGCGUGUGGACCCCUCGCGCCCCAUGAGCCCCCAGCAGCGGCGCCUGCAGCAGCGGCGCCUGCAGUACCGGCUGCGCAUGCGCGAGCAGCAGCGGCUGCGCCGGCUCAACGCCACGGCCACGCCGUCCCCCGCGCCCCCCACGGCACCGCCCGCGGCCCCCACGGCGCCCCCCGUGCCCACGCCCGCGCAAGCACCCACCCUGAGCCCCUGGCCCCUGGCCCCGGGGGGCACAGCCGACUGGGAGGAGGAGACCGAGACCUACACGGAAGUGGUGACGGAGUUUGGGACUGAGCUGGGGCCGCCCGAGGAGCCGGAGGAGGAGGAGGAGGUCACGGGCGCAGAGUUCCCCUACACCACCGUGGAGACCUACACGGUGAACUUUGGCGACUUCUGAGCUCA